AACGGGUUGACCAAGUCUUUAUUUAUCAUCCUUUCCCAUGUAGUACCAUUCCCAGAAACACCUUAUUUUAAGUGACCCCUUUCCCAGAAACUGCAUCUGGUUAAAAAGCCAGAACCUUUGAUCCCCCCUUUACCCACUUUAAACAUCAUACAAGCAAAUACCAAAGUUGUGUUCUUUACCAUCAUAUACUCCCUGGUUAUUUCCCUAUCUCAAACUCCCCGUCUGGGUUAUUUUUGUUUCAUUUAUCAUAUUUUUCUUACCUUGCUUCAAAUCUAUGUUCUUGAUCUGAAAAUUCUUUUUUUAGUUAAUAUUCUGUUUGGUUUUUCCAAUUCUUUCUAGUUCAAUUAUAGUCCUUAACUGAGUUCUUGAUCCAAUUCUCAAUUAUUUGUCUGUUUUUUUUUUUUUUUUUCAAUCGGGUCUUUUCCCCUUCAGCUUGUUAUCUUUUACAAAGUUACUGAUUUUUUCCUCCAAAUUUUAUUCUUGAUUUCUGGGCAAUAAGAAAAAUGGGCUGUUGCCUAACUAAACGCAAACACACAAAACCACAGCAAAAUGGGUACAGACCAGGAGCAGCAGGCACUGUUGUCCAGCAACAGAGAUUCCAGCAACCUGUUGUCCCCCAAUCCAGAGCUCCACCGGCCCAACCCCAACCCCAACGCCAUCAGCUACCUGAGAAGCCUGUGGCCCUGGCACCGUGGAAACCGGCUGCUCCUGCUCCAGCUCCAGCUCCAGUUCCAAGUCCAAAGCCUGUCCAGAAAAGUGACAUAAUCCUUGGUAAGCCAUAUGAGGAUGUAAGGUUGCAUUAUAAAAUGGGUAAAGAACUGGGUAAAGGUCAGUUUGGUGUGACGUUUCUUUGUACUGAGAAUUCAACUGGUAAGCAGUAUGCUUGCAAGACUAUAUCCAAGAAGAGGCUGUUAACAACGAAUGAUAAGGAGGAUAUGAGGAGAGAAGUGCUGAUUAUGCAGCAUUUGAGUGGGCAGUCUAACAUUGUGGAAUUCAAGGGUGCUUAUGAGGAUAGGCAAUCUGUGCACCUUGUAAUGGAGCUCUGUGCUGGGGGGGAGCUCUUUGAUAGGAUUAUAGCUAAGGGGCAUUAUACUGAAAAGGCUGCUGCUUCUUUAUUUAGACAAAUCAUCAACGUUGUUCAUGCCUGUCAUUUCAUGGGUGUGAUGCAUAGGGACCUUAAGCCUGAGAAUUUCUUGUUGUCUAGCAAGGAUGAGAAUGCUCUUUUGAAGGCCACAGAUUUUGGGUUGUCUGUGUUCAUUGAAGAAGGAAAGGCAUAUCGGGAUAUAGUUGGGAGUGCUUACUAUGUUGCUCCUGAAGUAUUACGGCGUAAAUAUGGGAAGGAAGCAGAUAUAUGGAGCGCAGGAGUUAUGUUGUAUAUUUUGCUUAGUGGCGUACCUCCAUUUUGGGCAGAAACAGAGAAGGGGAUAUUCGAUGCAAUUCUGAAUGGAGACCUCGACUUCCAUUCUGCUCCAUGGCCAUCUAUUUCGAGCAGUGCCAAAGACCUAAUCCGCAAGAUGUUGACACCGGAUCCAAAAAAGCGGAUUUCUUCUGCUCAAGUUCUAGAUCAUGCAUGGACUAAAGGUGGAGAAGCAUCAGACAAGCCAAUAGACAGUGCAGUGCUUUGUAGAAUGAAACAAUUCAGAGCAAUGAACAAACUAAAGCAAAUUGCACUAAAGGUCAUCGCAGAAAGUCUUUCUCCUGAAGAAAUCCAAGGACUGAAGCAAAUGUUUGCAAACAUGGACACUGACAACAGUGGCACUAUUACCUAUGAUGAACUCAAGGCUGGACUAGCUCGACUUGGAUCAAAGCUUACUGAGGCUGAAGUUAAACAGCUCAUGGAAGCUGCUGAUUUAGAUGGGACUGGGACUAUCGACUAUAUUGAAUUUAUCACAGCCACAAUGCACAGGCACAGGCUAGAAAGGGAUGAGCAUCUUUACAAAGCUUUUCAACAUUUUGACAAGGACAAUAGCGGAUUUAUCACAAUGGAUGAACUUGAAGCAGCCAUGAAAGAAUAUGGAAUGGGUGAUGAUGCCACUAUCAAACAAAUAAUAUCUGAAGUUGACACAGACAACGAUGGAAAAAUCGAUUACAAUGAGUUCUCUACCAUGAUGAGAAGCGGUAACCAGCAACAAGGCAAGCUGUUUUAGAAUUUCCUCUCCAGACCAUAAUUAAUUUCCUGGAACUAGGACAACUACGGCUUCAAGAUGUCCAGGAGGUCUCCAUCCAGCAAACCUUUAAUUUGGAUUGGUUCUGCCCUCAGAGUGUAACAUAGUGCAUAUAGUGAUUAGUUAUGAUCUCCUCUAUCUCAAUGAAUCAUGUGCCUGAUAUUCAUAGAGUUGAAUAAUUAUAUUCUUGAUUCAGAACCAGAAGUUGCACUCCCCAACUCCCGUGCUAAGGGAAGAAUGCCAAUAUCUACUUCUAAAUUGUCAGCAUGUUUUGUCUGAAAUGUUUCCAAGUCUUAGCUCUCAGGGGAACACUGAUGAAAUCUUGUCUUGCCAUGGAUAUCUGAGGUUCUUAUGAUAAUGCUGAAAUGUUUCCUUAAUCCAUCCUCCAACCUGCCGUUACAAC